AUGAGCUCUCGCUAUCAGCGGAUAGCGAGCGAAGACGCAGUCGACGAUGCGACAUUGGCGACAUCACCUACAGCCGCCGUACCUACAUCGCCACCUCCCUCUUUCCGCUCCCGUACUAGUAGCCGCCGAGCAUCACGAGAAGACGGUCAGAAGAGCGAAGAGGACCGCGAUCUGAACGAUGCCUUCGACGCGCCAUCAGAAGAUGAGGCCGACGAUGAGGAUACACAUGACCGACGGCGACUGAUAUCGGGCGAUGAUCAGGAGGCACAAGGAUCCGACGCACGGCGACCACUAGUCGGCGAGAGAAGAGUGACACAACUACCAGCCUUCACACCUUCCGCGACACCAGCGGCACCAAACGGCAGGAUGGUCGGCAACGGCUCAGACGGUGUCUUCGCAAAUCUGAAUGCCAAGCCUCGUGCCGGUGAAGAUAUAGAAGAGAAACCGCCAACCUACGAACAAGCAGCUGCGGACGCCGCGCCACCGUACUGGGAAACCACUGUCCUCUCACCCUAUGCCUCAACAGGCAACCCAGAUGAUGUCUUCGUGGACGGGCUUCUAGUGGGCUCACUUUUCUCCUUCGUCUGGAACGCACUCAUCUCCAUGUCCUUCCAACUCAUCGGCUUCCUGCUCACAUACCUCUUACACACGACACAUGCCGCCAAACACGGCUCACGCGCCGGCCUAGGAAUCACGCUGGUUCAAUAUGGAUUCCAGAUGCGAUAUAAUGCUGCGCAAGGCUCUGGCGACGACUCUGGUAUUCCUUCUGCACCUGCGGACGGCGUACCUAGUGAUCCCAAUAAACAUGACUUUGAUCCGAAUCAAGUUGGUGGGCCAGGUGGGCCAGUGGGAGCAAUGCAUGGCCUUUCGACGCAGGACAUGCUUGCUUAUGUGCUCAUGAUCGUGGGAUGGUUUAUUCUAAUUCGUGCUGUUUCGGACUUUCUACGAGCGAGGAGGCAGGAGCAACUUGUACGAUCGAGUCCGGACAGAGGUCUGGGCGUGGCUGUCGUCGCGGAAGGCGAGCAGCCCGAGACCAGCGUUUGA